CCCGAGUAUUUGGCUUGUUCAGUAGCCCCCAAAAACCUAAUGGUUUUCGUGGAUUGUUCGUCUUGGUGGCAGUUCAGUCCGUCAAAGAAAAAGGCGUAUAUUGUACGGCAGACACCAGGAAACGGCCUUGUAUUCCAAAAUGGGAUGCUAAAAAGGAAGCCUAUGGACGAGCCAGGAGUCAACCCCGAGAUCUUUCACAUGCUAAGUGAACACGCCACCAACUAUGCCACAUGUCCAAUAAUUACCGUAGUCGGAGUUCCAGCGUCUGUGGGGGCUUCAGUUCGGGGGUCAUUUAUUAUUCCAUCCGCACCAAUACUUGUAUAUCUAUAUAGAUGAUGAUAUAAUCGGG